AUGACAAACCAUAGCUGCUGGCCCAAUGCAGAGGCGGACUUCCCGCUACACAGCGCCACCCUAGAGGUUAGGGCGUUGCGACCCAUUGACAAGGGGGAGGAGGUUACUGUCUCCUACAUAGAGGAGUCUCUCCCUCUCCACCAACGGCGCGAGGCCCUGCAGAAAGCUGCCGAAGCCCUGCUGGUGGUGAUGAAGGUCCCAGAGUGCUCCGACAGCAGAAAACUGGAGGAGCUUGUCGCGCGGAGGACGGGUCUUCCCUUAACCGUUGUCUCCGAGGUCAGGCAAUAUUCAAGAAGCCUGAUGAAGCCCCAAGUGUCGAGCGACAAGCGUGGAUAUGCGCCGCAUGAAAAGCUACCAGAGACUGCACCUUAA